AUUAAUUAUUAAGGAUCUGUGAUCCGUCUGGUGUCUACUAAUAUUUAUAUUUCUUUUUGUAUUAACAUCGUUUGCAGACUUUAUCCAUAUACAUCCGACUUAAGAUUCUGAACAAUGGCUCCUCGUUAUGAGCUUGCGGUUGGUAUGAGACGUGGUCACAAGACCACAAAAAUCGAGAGGGUCGGUAAAGUCAGUGGUAAAGAACUGUCAGCCAAAAGCGAAAAGCUCAGACAAGCCCGCACUAAAGGUCGUUUGACUAAGCACAACAAAUUCAUCAGAGAUGUUGUAAGGGAAGUUAUGGGUCAUGCACCAUUUGAAAAGAGAGCCAUGGAAUUGUUGAAGGUAUCCAAAGACAAGCGUGCAUUGAAAUUCUUGAAACGACGAUUGGGAACACACAUUCGCGCCAAGAGGAAGCGUGAAGAACUCAGCAACAUUUUAUUGCAAAUGAGAAAGGCACAAGCUACCCACACAAAAUAAUUUCAAAGCUUUAUAAUGUCUUUGUUUGAUGUGUAAUAAAAAUGUUGACUGCUAAGAAA